AGACUAAGAGCAUAAAUACUGAGCCCAAGGCACCAAGGGAGAACAUCCUAUCCACUGAACUUCAAGGAAGAGUGAUCCACUGCAAACUUUUUUUUUACUGUCACUGAGAGUCCCUUCAUUGGCCGUCUGGCACAUCAUAGUAUAUUUUCUGUUACGCUCAUCUUACCUUGGUCUCACCAUGAGAUCUCAGCAUAGAGUUCUGGUUUUCCUAGUGUUGGCAACAUGCACGGUAGGAGGAUGGUGCAUUCCCCUGAAGAAGACCGUGUCUGUCACCUUCCCUGGAGAUGUCCUCAAGAACAUGACGGAUAUGGAGCUGGCAGACGUGAGUAGCAGAUGCACAGAGACGCAUUAAAUGUUCUAGCUUCUUUAAUCUAUAAACAGAUUUAAUUUGUCCUGAAAACAAAAACAUAUAGGCUGGGCUGUGGUGUGGAGGAUAGCUUUUUCAUGACUAAAAUACAUUUGGGGAAUUGUCCAUCGUGUCUCAAUAUCGUGGCUUAUAAUAUUAACCUAAAGUCAUUCCAUCAAUCUAAAAUGGAGUAAUUUGUAAUUGUAUGCAAUAAUCUCCUAAUUUGCAAUCUCAUUAUUUGCAAUGAUCUUAAUGAUCUAAUAAUCUCAUCGCAUUCAUUAUUUCCUAUCUCCAGAGCUACCUGAAGAGGUUUGGCUACAUGAACGUCCAGCACCGCAGCGGUUUCCAGUCCAUGGUGUCCAGCACCAAGGCCCUGAUGAGGAUGCAGAGGCAGAUGGGACUGGAGGAGACAGGGACGCUGGACAAGUCUACGGUAGCAGCCAUGAAGGCACCUCGCUGCGGGGUCCCUGACGUACGCUCCUACCAGACCUUCGAGGGGGACCUGAAAUGGGACCAUCAUGAUGUUACAUACAGGUACUGUGAAUGGGGAUGAUGUGGGACUGCUUUAGGGUUAGGGUUAUAGGAUUAGGGUUGGGGUAAUCUCCUCCACCCAGUCGGUAGCAAUUGAGCCUGUGGACGAGGUUAGGGUUAGGGUUACAGGUAUAGUCUGUGGAGAAGUUAAAGCCUGGUGUGCAUAGUGUAACAAUUGCCUGUAAUAAUAUCUGAUUUGUAUCAAACAGAGCAAGUAGCUGAACAUGUGGCCAUUCAUCCUCAGUUGCCUUCAUAGUGAGUUUGAUCGUGCUGUCUUGUUUUUUUUCUCUAGGAUCCUGAACUACUCUCCAGACAUGGAAGCCUCUCUGAUAGACGAUGCCUUCGCCAGAGCCUUCAAGGUGUGGAGUGAUGUCACCCCUCUCACCUUCACGCGACUCUUUGACGGCACCGCCGACAUCAUGGUGUCAUUUGGAAAAGCAGGUAAGAAGGGCUGCAGUACUGUAUGCAUCCUGGGAUCCAAACUGAUGCUCUGUUUCACCAUUGUUUCAAUUUGGAUUCCAGGCUAUGCAAUGUGUGCCAUACCAUCUCUGAAAGCAUCAAUUAAACAUCCUCCGCCUCCCAGAACAUUUAGAUUUAAAACACAUCUCUAACCUGAAGAGUACACAUCCAAAUGAAUCUUUAUUGAAGAAACAUGAAAGGAAGUAACUGAAUUGACCAAAUUGAAAUGCAAUUGACCCCAACCCUGCAUUGAAUGAAUGCUAUUCAUUCAUUGCCUUGUUUUUUUUUUCCAGACCAUGGAGAUGGCUACCCUUUCGAUGGUAAGGACGGCCUUCUGGCCCACGCCUUCCCCCCUGGUGAGGGCAUACAGGGAGACGCCCACUUUGACGACGACGAAAACUGGACCCUCGGCAAAGGACCAGGUACGCAUGGAGGUGUAUAGUCAAUCCUGGCUGGUUCAGUUAGGCAGUAUUUCAUGGUGCUAGGUCUCCCCCUAGUGUCCAGUAUUUCAUGGUGCUAGGUCUCCCCAUAGUGUCCAAUAUUUCAUGGUGCUAGGUCUCCCCCUAGUGUCCAGUAUUUCAUGGUGCUAGGUCUCCCCCUAGUGUCCAGUAUUUCAUGGUGCUAGGUCUCCCCCUAGUGUCCAGUAUUUCAUGGUGCUAGGUCUCCCCCUUGUGUCCAUUUUAAGCAUCUUAUUGACUGAGAUUGAACUGAGCUAUGUGCCUCUGACAACAUCUCCACAUCAUCUGUAGGAUUGAACCCUUGAGCUGCAGUGAACCAUCUUAUCAUAUGUAUUUAAUCAUGUUUGACAUAGCUAUUGUUCACAAUUGCUCCCAAUUAAAACAUAACUUUUUUUGUUCCAGCUGUGAAGACUAGGUAUGGCAACGCAGAGGGUGCUAUGUGUCACUUCCCUUUCUCCUUCGAGGGCAAGCAGUACUCCACCUGCACCACAGAGGGGCGCUCUGACAACCUGCCCUGGUGUGCCACCACAGCCGACUACGGCAGAGACAAGAAAUUUGGCUUCUGUCCAAGUGAACGUAAGACUGACAGUUAAUACUUGAGAGGAAUGAUUGGCCAGAAAGUAUUUUAGACAGAGUUAGCUCACCACACUCAUAAUCUGAUCAGCUUUGGAACAGAGAGGCAGAGAGAGAAAAAGGGAGAGAGGAAAGUAGAGCAGAGAGAGGAAGAGAAGAGAGAGAGAGAGAGAGGUAGACAGAGAUGGAGCGGACGAGAUGAGAGCUAGAGAGAGAGAGAGAGAGAGAAGAGAGAGAGAGCGAGAGACGAGAGAGAGAGAGAGAGAGAGAGGAGAGAGGGAAGAGAGAGAGGGAGAGAGAGAGAGUGAGAGAGAGCGAGAGAGUGGAGAGAGGGAGAGAGAGAGAGCGAGAAGAGAGAGAGACGAGAGAGAGAAGAGGAAGAGAGAGAGAGAGAGAGCAGAGAGAGAGCUGAGAGAGAGGAGGGAGAGAGAGGAGAGCGAGAGGAAAGAGAGGAGAGAGAAGAGAGAGAGAGCGAGAGAGAGCUAGAAAGAGAGUAUAGAUCGGAGAGCUCGAGCUCUCUCAGAGCUCUAUCUGAUCUCUUCGCGCUCUCGGUCUCUCUCUCCUCUCUCUCUCUUCUCUCUCUCUCUCUCUCUUUCUCUCUCUAUCUCUCUCUCUCUCUCUCUACCUCUUUCUCUCUCUUUCUCUCUCUCUCGCUCUCCCUCUCCUUUUCUCACAUACAGUUCUCUACACAUUCGACGGAAACAGCAAUGGCAAAGAAUGUGUGUUCCCCUUCGUGUUCCUGGGGGAGACAUAUGAAGGUUGCACCACGGAGGGUCGCAGUGAUGGAUACCGCUGGUGUUCCACCACAGACAACUUUGACAAUGAUAAGAAAUAUGGCUUCUGUCCCAACAGAGGUGAGGGAGUAUCACUGUCACCACCACCAGACCUGGGAUAGUAUUAUUUGUCUUUCAAAUACUUUGAAUGUUUGAUUGAGCGUGUCUGGAGAGUCAGAUGGGCGGGGUUUGCACUUUUGGGACUAUUGCUCCAGGAAAGCUCAAUCAAGCACAGCUAAAGUUAAUGAAAUAAAACAAAUAGUAGUUGAAACCAGGUCUGAUCACUGUCACACAUACAUUAAUCACUAGCCUGCCUUCAGUGACACGUGUUCCCUAAUAGUGUUGUGUCUGUGUUAUGACAGAUACGGCUGUGAUUGGUGGAAACUCUGAGGGAGAGCUGUGCCAGUUCCCCUUUGUCUUCCUGGGGAAGAAGUAUGACUCAUGCACCAGCGAGGGACGGGGAGACGGCAAGCUGUGGUGCGCCACCACCAGCGACUACGACGCAGACAAGAAAUGGGGCUUCUGCCAAGAUAGGGGUGAGUGAUAGAGACAGAGUCAGUGCCUACCAUACUGACUCAAACGGCAGGCUGACAGUCAGAGACACCGUCACUGCACCUACCAUACUGACUCAAACGGCAGGCUGUCAGUCAGAGACACCGUCACUGCACCUACCAUACUGACUCAAACGGCAGGCUGUCAGUGCAUCUAUACCUUGUUUCAAACUAUUGUGCGGACUCAAACUGCUUGCUCAGAUCAUUUACUUUCAAAUUGCCCUUUCAAGCACGGUUCUAGGUAUAUGCAUAACCAGGCUAGCGCAGUAUAGCUCAUCUUGGCUCAAUAGUGUGGAAAAUGUAUAUUAGUGUAGGUGCACUAGCCUGGCCUCAGAUCUGUUUGUCCUCUUGCCAACUCCAUUACUGUCAUUGUCAAGCCAAACAUGGCAAUGAGUGACAGGGAGUUGGUAUUGUAGCAGACUGGCACUCAGGCUAUAGCUGCACACCAAAACUGACUUAAUGAUGUGUUCCUACUCACUCGCUCCUCUCUCAGGCUACAGUCUGUUCCUGGUUGCGGCCCAUGAGUUUGGUCACGCCCUGGGUCUGGACCACUCCAACAUCAGAGAUGCCCUCAUGUAUCCCAUGUACAGCUACGUUGAAGACUUCUCCCUGCAUGAAGAUGAUGUUGAAGGAAUUCAGUAUCUCUAUGGUAUGACAUUAUCACUAUAUGAUAUGAUUACACAAUAUCACUAGCCUGGUCCUAGAUCUGUUUGUGCUGUCUGGAGUGACAAUGACCAAUAGGAGUUGGCAAAACAAACAGACCUUGGACCAAGGCUGCAAUAUCAUGUGAUCACACAGAAUUCACAACAUACAUGCAUACAACCAACAUACUAUUUCCCUCUAUCACCACGGAGACCAGAUGGUAAAGGAACAACAAUGACAAUAGUUAAGUGUUGUUCAUUUCAUUCAUUGCAUUCCUUCCCGAUAUCUUCCCACCCAGGAUCCAAGACAGGCCCUGACCCCACACCCCCUGGGCCCACCGCCCCUGCACCUGGCCCAAGCGAUGAGCCUGAGCUCAACACCCCCACUACCACCACUACCAAACCCACCACCACCACCACACACCCUGUGGACCCAUCACAGGACCCCUGCCAGAUCAACAAGUUCGACACCAUCACAGAGAUCGAUGGAGAUCUGCACUUCUUCAAGGAUGGGUGAGCAACAUUUUUUUUUUUUAAAGAAGGUUGCUUUGCUGUUCAACAAUAUAACCUUUUUGAGGGCUGUGAUGUUAAAUGGGUGUUAAGAGAGCACAGGAGUUGUGAGCUAAGGGAGAGAUAACUGGAGAAACAGAAUAGAGUUGUGAGCUCAGGGAGAGAUAACUGGAGAAACAGAAUAGAGUUGUGAGCUCAGGAAGAGAUAACUGGAGAAACAGAAUAGAGUUAUGAGCUAAGGGGGAGGUAACUGGAGAAACAUAAUAGAGUUGUGAGCUCAGGGAGAGAUAUAACUGGAGAAACAGAAUAGAGUUAUGAGCUAAGGGAGAGAUAACUGGAUAAACAGAAUAGAGUUAUGAGCUAAGGGAGAGAUAACUGGAGAAACAGAAUAGAGUUAUGAGCUAAGGGAGAGAUGACUGGAGAGAGAAACAGGAUAGAGUUAUGGGCUAAGGGAGAGAUAACUGGAGAGAGAAACAGGAUAUACAAUGUAAGAGUACAGGACAGAAUGUAAAUAAACAAGCCAAGGGUUCACAUAUUGCUCCCGCUGGAUUCCCCUUUUAUUACUAAGAACAGCUACACCACGACGACAAUAAGAGCUAAUGGACACUUUUUGGUUCAUUAUAGCACAAUUUCUUCUGACAGUGUAGCCCAUUAUCUUACAAUGUAGAUAAUAAUUAUACAUUGUAGCUAAAUUCAUAAUUGUGAUGUUUUUGCUGAUCCAACAGGCAAUAUUGGAGGCUGUCGAGCAAGACUGACGGUGGACUGAAGGGUCCGUUUUCCAUGUCUGAGAGGUGGCCGGCUCUGCCAGCCAUCAUUGACACGGCCUUUGAGGACCUUGUGACAAAGAAAAUCUACUUCUUCUCAGGUAAACAGAAUUCUGAUUUUACACACACACACACAUUUCCCAUCCCCACACACACACACACAGACGACAUCACUCUGACCUUUGUCUCUGUUGUCCCGUAGGCACUAGGUUCUGGGUGUAUACAGGGCAGAGUCUCCUGGGACCCCGCAGCGUUGAGAAGCUGGGUCUGCCCUCUACCGUAGAGAAGGUGGAGGGAGCACUGCAGAGAGGGAAAGGCAAGGUGCUGCUCUUCAGCGGAGAGAACUACUGGAGGUGAGUCAAGUUUCAACUUUCCAAUGUCACGUGCACAAGUACAGUGAAAUGCCUUUCUUGCAAGCUCUAAACCUAACAAUGUAGUAAUCAAUAUCAAUGUAGUACUAAAAAUAACAUAAGGUAGAACAAAAAACAUGAGAAAUAAAAACCUGAGUUCAGGAAUGAGGGGGGUGUUGAGAUAUGGUUGUGGGUUCAAGUUCUGAAGAGAUCGUCAUCGCAUAAACAUACUAGAAAUGUAUGCACUCACUGUAUUGUAAAUUGCUUUGGUUAAAAGUGACAGCUAAGCGGCGGAAUAUUGUUAUAAGCUAUAUUAUCAUAACCUACAGCAAAAUGAACUCAAAUGUAACUAGAAGAUGAAGAGGAUCAGAAGAGCUCAAGGAAGGGUUGAACUUAUAAAUAUUUACUGGAUCUGUAGGUCUGUGUUUUGUAAUAACCAAACGAAAUGCUUACAGGCUGGAUGUGAAGAACCAGAAAAUCGACAAGGGAUACCCCCAGUUCACAGACAUUGCCUUCGGGGGUGUUCCCAAUGAUGCACAUGAUGUCUUCCACUUCAAGGGUAAAUAUUAAUCUAUUAAUUUACUCUGUAUGUAGACCUUUAAAAAUGGCCUUAUUUUAUUCUACAUGAAGCAAAAAAUAUUACAGUAAACUGUCAGUUUAGUUUGUACUUUCUUAUCAAUGUUAUCAAAGUUAGACACUUCACAAUCAUGUAGUAACUCACAAUCAUGUUAUAACUCCCCAUUACGUAUUGUGAUUGUUUCUACUGUAGGCCACAUCUACUUCUGUCGGGAUCGUUUCUACUGGCGAAUGAACUCUAGGAGACAGGUGGACCGUGUGGGAUACGUGAAGUACGACAUCCUGAAGUGUUCCGACUCCUCUAACUACCGCUACUGAGCUUCUUUACCCAUAGAAAUUGACAUACUAGAAUGACUACACCUGUUCAAGUCAGUAUUCCGUGACGGUCCAAGGGGUUAUCUCCAUUCUAGUAUAUCUAUUUCUUUGGCACUGUUUCUGGGCUAAAUAUUUAAGAACCCUUCCAACAGGAUGUUUGUUCUUAGCCUGGGUCCCAGAUCUGUUUGUGCUGU